AUGAUCAAUCACUUGGUUGUCGCAACAUCCCUGUGCCCACAACAACACCCACCUCCCAAUGUCCUCACAGUGCUUCCCUCUAUCCUCACAGUGCUUCCCUCUAUCCUCACAGUGCUUCCCUCUAUCCUCACAGGGCUUCCCUCUAUCCUCACAGUGCUUCCCUCUAUCCUCACAGUGCUUCCCUCUAUCCUCACAAUGCUUCCCUCUAUCCUCACAGUGCUUCCCUCUAUCCUCACAGUGCUUCCCUCUAUCCUCACAGGGCUUCCCUCUAUCCUCACAGGGCUUCCCUCUAUCCUCACAGUGCUUCCCUCUAUCCUCACAGUGCUCCCCUCUAUCCUCACAGUGCUUCCCUCUAUCCUCACAGUGCUUCCCUCUAUCCUCACAGUGCUUCCCUCUAUCCUCACAGUGCUUCUCACAGUGCUGACAUCCCGGCACUCCUCUAAGCACCAACCAAUCCCGUCCUGCCUUCCCCCAACCCAAGCGCCCCAUUCCUCACUUGCCCCACCACCUCACAUCUAA